AUGACUUCACAGCUUGACGAUGGAGAUGGCUCCUACGGUUACAGUGCAACAAAGCCAAUCCACUUUUUCAGGAUCAUGCUCCAUGAGAACCUUCUGCAAGGAAAUCUAAGGCUUCCGGAGAAGUUUGUGAGGAAAUAUGGAAAUCACUUAUCCAACUCAAUGCUUCUUAAGCUUCCAAACGGUGUAGAAUGGAAGGUAAAUUUGGAGAAACGUGAUGGUAGUGUUUGGUUUCAAGAAGGUUGGAAAGACUUUGCAGAGUAUUACUCUCUGGCCAAUGGGCACCUAUUGGGUUUUAGAUACGAUGGAACAUCCCAUUUUCAUGUAUUCAUCUGUGAUAUGAGUACCAUGGAAAUAGAGUACCCUGUCAACAAAGCAAAUCACAAAAGACCAAGCAUUAAUAGUGAAGAAAGUCAACCACAUAAGACACAGAAAACAGAUGAAAAUAUGAACAAGAGUAAUUCCAAUUUGCAGGACACUGACAUUCAUAAAGAAGCCAGAGACCACAAAGGUAAGGGAAACAUGGAAGGGUCAUCCAUUAGUAACUGUGGAACUCAUGAAGCAGCUGGGAAUACUUCAUUCACCGUGAUAAUGAAAUCAAGCUACUAUCUGCCAAAGAGCCCACUGAAGCGCUAUACCAAAUCUGGUGAACAAUAUGUCAAGCUUUUGGUUGGGGACAGAUCAUGGAGGGUUAAAGUGAUCUAUUGUCGAAAUAAAACAUUGAGUUACUUUACUGGAGAUUGGCUAGUUUUUGCAAAAGAAAAUGAUUUAAAAGAAGGAGAUGCUUGCUUGUUCCAACUUCUAAGCAAUGGUGAUGGCAUCGUGAUGAAGGUUUCUAUUUCCAGACGGGUUUAA